GUGGAUUUGGCGCUGCGUGCUGCUCUGCGCGUGGCCGUCUAGCUCUGUCUGAGGCGCGUGAGUGCACGGGUACAUAGGCAUUAUCUUCAUUUCCAGUUUCAUCGGCAAAUUACAGAAUGCGGAGGUGAAAACGGACGGACUCGCCGAUCGAGGCACGAACCCUUGACGGUAUAUGCCGGUACCACACCAGUUGGUGUUAUUUUUCUUAUCUGAAAGCCGGUUCUGAGCGAGAAUCACGCAUGCAUUCAAACAGAGGAUUAUCGCGGAGGAACUGCCUUGAAACCAUGAGCUGCAGUUGGGGGACGGAGCUGUGGGAUCAGUUUGAUAAUUUGGAGAAACACACUCAGUGGGGCAUUGAGUUUUUGGAACGCUACACCAAGUUUGUGAAGGAGCGGUCUGAAAUUGAACUGAGCUAUGCUAAACAGAUCAGGAAUCUGUCCAAGAAGUAUCAGCUCAAGAAGAACUCUAAAGAGGAGGAGGAAUUCAAGUAUACCACAUGUAGAGCGUUUCUAAUGACUUUAAAUGAGCUGAACGACUACGCGGGUCAACACGAGGUCAUCGCCGAAAACCUGUCCACUCAGAUAAUCGCAGAGUUGAGCCGCUACACUCAAGAACUGAAGGCUGAACGCAAAUCGCAUUUCCACGAUGGCCGCAGAGCUCAACAACACAUUGAGAAUUCCUGGAAGCAGCUGGAAUCGAGUAAAAGAAGAUUCGAGCGAGACUGUAAGGAAGCGGAUCGCGCUCAGCAUUACUUUGACAAGAUGGACGCCGACAUUAACGUGACUAAAGCAGAUGUGGAAAAGGCGAAACAGCAAGCUCAGAUGAGACAUCAGAUAGCAGAGGACAGUAAAAACGAGUACCUGACCUACCUGCAGAAGUUCAACAAGGACCAACAUGAGCACUACUACACGCUUAUACCGCAUAUCUUUCAGAGGAUACAGGAGAUGGAGGAGAGGCGGGUGGGCCGAGUGAGGGAGAGCAUGCGGGUGUACACCGAGGUCGAGCGUAAAGUAUUGCCCAUCGUCAGCAAGUGUCUAGACGGCAUGACCAAGGCAGCUGAAUCCAUCGAGCCUAAAAUGGACAGUAAGCAAGUUGUAGAAUCGUACAAGUCGGGCUUUGAGCCGCCGGGUGAUGUGGAGUUUGAGGACUACAGCGUGUCGAUGAAGAGGGCAGUGUCGGAAUCGAGCUUCCUGAACGCUCGUGGAGAGAGCAGACGCCGGAGCAGAAGCAAACUGUGGCCUUUACUCAAGAGAAAUAAGCUUAUGUCUUUGUUAGCGUCGCCCGACAGCCCCCUCCCCUCCCCACCCCCGUCCCCGGACGGCCUCCCCAACGGCCCCCAGUCCCCGCAGCAGCCCAAGGAGCCCCUCAGCCAGCGCCUCAACGACUUCAUGGGCACCAAACACAAAAUGCACUGCCUGCGGAGCCUGAAACGCGGGCUUUCUCUAAAGCUGGGAACAGGCCAGGAGGACUACAGUCAUCUGCCUCCUGAGCAGAGGAGGAAAAAACUGCAAGCCAAGCUCAAUGACAUUAACAAGGACGUCCAGAAAGAGAUGGAUCAGAGGGACGCCCUGACUAAAAUGAAAGAUGUUUACAUUAAGAAUCCUCACUUGGGGGAUCCAGACAGUAUAGAUCCACGGUUAGAAGAAAUCACACAAAGCUUGGAAAAAUUGCAGCUUGAGGCGCAUAAAUUUGAGGGCUGGUUGAUGGAGGUAGAGAGGAAGUUGCUUGAAAAGGGAUCCGAGUCUCAGAGAAGACAGAGCAGUCAUUUUGACUCGCAGGGCAACACUCCUCUUACUAACAACUACGGUCAAAACCGAGAGAGUCCGGAUGGCAGCUACACGGAAGACCCCAGCACAGAGACCACGAUGCAGUUCAAAUCUCGCAGUACCGAGUUUGAUGACGAAUUUGACGACGAGGAGCCUUUACCCACCAUCGGAACAUGCAAAGCACUUUAUCCGUUUGAAGGUCAGAACGAAGGUACCAUAUCCAUGGCAGAGAGCGAGAUGCUGUACGUAAUCGAGGAAGAUAAGGGUGACGGUUGGACCCGUGUCCGUAGAAACGAGGAUGAGGAAGGAUACGUGCCCACAUCCUACAUCAAACUCUUUUUGGACACGAAUGCCAAAGGUGCUAUGACAUACAUUUAAUCCCACUUCACUGAACACCCGGAAAGCGUUUUUAGUGAACGCAGUUUAACUAGACAUCGUGAAAAUGUUCUCAAUGAACAGAGGAAGCAGACAGCAGCGUACUUCCUGUUUUUACAAGUUCAAGUUGCCAUUGUCAUUUCUCCCUUAGACCUUAUCAGUGUUAAAGAAGUUCUGCAUCCACGAGGGUACAGUCAGUUAGGCAAUAAAGACAGCUGCUCUGUAAUUUUGAUAUAUCUGAUGGAAACGGCUGCUUUACCAACAUAUCACGUUCAUAUUUAGCAUUAUAGCUUGGAAUUAUGGUGGUUUUCUGCUAUAACCAAGACGUGUAGAUACUCUUGCUCAUAUUUUUAACGAUCUACAAGCAAUCAAAUACUUUUAGAUUAAGAAUGAAAUGAUUAGAAAAUAUCAAAAAGCUAAUAUUCCGAAAACCUUCUGGCAAUAAAAAGCAAUUACUUACUAAUAUUUUGACCUUCAAACUACAGAAUAAGUAGCAAUCUUGGUGUUUUUAAUUAGAAUAAUUUUUUAAGACGUCGAAAUGUCCGACUCGAGAGAAUCUUUCGCAUGAGAGACGGAAUAGAGUAUUUUCUCAGGUACGUUUACUUUGGUGUACAUCCUUGUACCUCAAAAAAUCCUGAACAUACGCGGGAUUUUAUUUUUUUUUUUCUUCUUUUUUAUUUCGCUUUCCCCCAACGGCAAAAUCGCAUCCGAUUUCAACGCAAAUCAUUAAAUGCGAAGAGCUGAAGUAAUUAAUGCAUGCCUCCGUGAGACUUCUUGCUAGCUUUGCAGAAGAAAAAAAGAAGAUCGACUUUAGAAGUAAAAAAAAUAUACUCGUGAACCCGUAGUUAACGCGAUGCCUUUCAGUGUAGUGAGCGUUGAAGCAAUAAUUCAAAAGAUGCAUGAUAUUAGUACACUGACCAGCAUGGAAAACUUGAAGUUAAAUAAGGAUUUUCCAGGUGGUGGUGGCGGUGUGUAUUAGCAGUGCUUACAGCAGGAAUACCGCUCUAUGUGCAUGCCGUAAAAGCAGAUAGGCUAUUUAUUGCUGCGUCAUUUGUCCGUAGCUUUAUCAGCAGCUGUUAAAUACGCUUGAUAUUGUCGCGAGCUAAAUACCUGCAGAAUUUUCGUAUGGUUUUAUACCGUCUUUAAUUCUUUAAUUCACGUUUCAUCCGCGCUCCGACGUCGAGCUUCGCGGUUUACCGAACGUUUUUUUUGUUUUGUUUUUUUUUUAACCCAUUGCUGUCUGUGAAUCAACGGUUGUACAGGAGUUCUUGUGCAGCAUCUCUAACAUGUCUUGUGUGAUUUUUUUCUUUUUUUUUUUUUAUUUGUUUCUUUUUUUUUUGCUUUUUGUUUCUGUUCCUUU